AUGCCAGCGGCAGUAGCGGCCUCGUCUGGCCGGAGCGCGCUGUCCUCGAUGUGCAGAUCAUGCCGACAACACGCUAAAGCACAACGGCAUCCACGGCAUCCAAACUCACGCCGCACUCUUUCUUCGACAAGCACUCUGCGUGCCCAGAAUCCUCUCGCUGGCCUGGGUGAGAGUCUAAUGAACGAUCCCAAAGAGCCAUCUGAGCAAUCUGCCGCCUCAAGCACCCGACUUCCAUCCCAACAACGGCAAGCCGCUCAACGAGCCCAACAAGAACAACUCGCGACCAUAUUGGGCGGCGGCCCACUUCCCGGAAGUACACCCUACUCGUACCCCUCCGCCUCCACUCAGUCCUCCUCCAACACAAAUACCACCCGCUCCGGCUCGUCUGCAGUCCAAAAUCUCUUCAGGGACGCCCGCAACGAAGCCUCCGCCCGAUCUGGCAGCGGCGGGAUCCCCAUCGACGAGCCUUACCACAUCCACGUCUACGCCCACAAGCACAACACCCAUAUCACCUUUACCGAGCCUUCACGCAAUCCACUCCUGUCGUUCAGCUGCGGCAACAUCGGCCUCCGGCACGCACAACGCUCCUCAUUCGACGCCGCCUACCAACUAAGCACCUACGCAAUGAAGAAGAUGGCCAUGUUGAGCUGGAAGUCUGGCGGAAAGAAAGCGGCUGAAAAAAGGGGAGGCAAGGAUGAUAUCAUGAAUCCGCUGAGGACGAUACAGGAUGUUUUUGCCGUGGAGGUAAUCAUGCGUGGUUUCGGGCCGGGUAGGGAGCCUUUCAGAAGGCCUUAUUGGGGAGUGAGGGGCAUUUGA